AUGGUUAACCUAGUGCGUGUGAGUGCCCGUGCCGUGGGCCCUAUGCGCCCCAACACCAAGCGUGAUAUCAGACGACUCGGAAGCUAUCCAGUUCCCCCUGAAUCGAAGAACUUCUGGCGAGGACGUUUUCAGGUGCCCGGUGGACAAAUCCAACAAGGCGUUUCGCCGAUGCAACAGAAGAUCUUCUUCCAGUGGUGGUGGAACCUCCCAACCCGGUAG